AUGCCUCCCCCUCCGCCUCCUCCGCCGCCGCCGCCCCCCGGAGGGAUGGGAGGCCCUCCUCCCCCACCUCCACCAGGAAACUUACCAAAUAGACCCUCGGGCUCAGAAGCGAAGGGCAGGAGCGCUCUCCUUUCCGAUAUUCACAAAGGUGCAAGAUUGAAGAAGGCCGUCACCAAUGAUAGAUCAGCUCCUCAGCUUGCCGGUGGGGGAGUGAAGUCUUCAGGCCCUUCGGUGCCCGGUGCACCACCCAUCCCAGGCAUGGCGAAGCCUCCAGCUGGACUUGCACCUCCAGUCCCGACGGCACAGGCCGCCAACCGGCUACGGAGCAACAGCGAUACAGGCUCAGGGGCGGACGCAGCGGCGGCAGCUCCAGCAGCUCCUCAGCUAGCUGGACUCUUUGCAGGAGGAAUGCCUAAGCUACGCAGUCGAGGGGGUGUCGAUACCGGCGCUACUCGGGAAUCCCCAUACAUGUCGGACUCGGAAAACUCCAGGGGAGCUCCCCCGCCGCCCGUUGCGUCGGCUCCAAGACCACCAGGAGCCCGCCCUCCUCCACCUCCACCUGCAACAGACUCCCCACCAGCUCCUCCAGUCAACCCAUUGGUCGCGAAUCUUCGAAAGCCGCCCCCUAGGCCUGCAUCUCGUCCAUCAUCGACAGCGUCAACUGCAUCGAUCAAGUCCGCCCCUGACGCGCCUCCCCGCGCACCUCCACCAUUGCCUGGUACCGCUAAGCAUGCUCCUCCUCCUCCGAUCACAUCACGAAAACCAUCGACUACCGCUCCACCCCCGCCUCCGCCUCCUUCAGCUAGUCCUGCUGCGCCGCCUCCACCACCCCCGCCAGCAGCGUCAGCCCCGCGCCCACCUCCAGCGCCGGCACGGUCAACCCCUCCACCACCGCCUCCACCGGCAAAUGGCACUUCGGCUGCUUCCGCGGCUGUACAAGCAGCCAGAAAUGUGCUCGCUCACAUGCAGCAUACUCCUUCCACCCCACCUCCACCUCCACCCGCUGCCUCGGCUCCUUCCGCACCUCCACCGCCGCCUCCUUCAUCUGCUCCUCCGACGAUGCCCCCUGCAGCAGCACCUCCACGACCAAGCUCAUAUGAGUCACUAGCCAGUCCACCCCCGGAUCGUUCCACUCUUGAUCCGAGCGCUUAUACCCUCAGCAACGGCGGGCCGUCAGCGGGAUCUAGCCCUCGGAGUCCGGGCAUGCACGGCGUGACUCGGAUUGAUGAUCAUAGGUUCAAAUUCCAGAGCGAAGGACUGCUGCCCAAACCUCGACCGUUCGUCGGUGGUGCGCGGCGGUAUCGGGCUGGGCGAGGGAGCAGUGUGCCCUUGGACCUCAGCGCAUUGAGCGGCUGA